AACGACAAAAUGUUCGCUGUAAUGAGAAUCGACAACGAUGACUGCCGGUCGGAUUUCCGCCGCAAGAUGCGUCCAAAGUGUGAGUUCAUUUGCAAGUAUUGCCAGCGGCGUUUCAACAAACCCUACAAUCUGAUGAUACACGAGCGCACCCACAAAUCACCCGAAAUCACGUACUCCUGCGAGGUUUGCGGCAAAUAUUUCAAGCAACGCGACAAUCUGCGUCAACACAGAUGUAGUCAAUGUGUAUGGCGAUAAACAGCAAAACGCCAGCUCAAAUUUUACGCACUUCUUCUCUCAUGCACUUAAAUUAAAGAAAAAAACGCAAAAGCAAAACUGAAAAAAAACAUAUGAAACAAUAUAAAUAAAUGACAUAUCUACAUACAAAAAUCAAGCAAAAUCAAGAUAUUUGAAAAAAAGUAAGCACAAAUGUUGCACACACGCACGCACGCUCUUGCACUUUGCACGCAUACAAUAACAACUACAACAACAGCAAUAUUUUUGUGAAAUAUUUAAAUAUACAAUAAUAAUAAUUGAAUAAAUAAAAUAAAGAGGACUUUGCACGGCAAACGAUCUUUAUGUGAUGGCUCCUCGUCGCGGCAUUUGUUUGGUGAACGGCACACUUUGAUUGGUUGAAGUUUGAUUAAGCAUAAACUUGUGGUGAUUGGUUCUAUUGUCAGCGGCAGCAGCAAUAAGUGAAGCUUCCAUAAGCGCCAACUCAAUGAAAGUUAACUGUAAAUAUACAUAGAAUAUAUAUGAGCUGAGCGUGAGCACAAUUUCCCAAAGUUUCUCGGCAGUUUGGUGAGUGGUGCAACAACACUUUUCCCAACAAAUUUUAUUAUAAGCACAAUAUCAUAGCACUCAUUGCAUUCUUGCACUUGGAAAAAUGGAAAAAUAUUGCACACAUACACACAUAUAAAUCAUAUUAUUGGCACAUCCACAACUAUAUAGAAAUUUAUAUACAUUGCUGUGUAUAUAAUAAUAAAUAAUAGUUCAUCAGCAUUCGUUCUCCUUCAUUGUGUACACUCCGUGUGGCACACAAGACGCAAGGAUGUUCGUAUGUUGGCUUAUAGUGAUGCACAAACAUAAAUACAGCCAUGCAACAAUAUUCACUCAUUCUACCACAAAAUAAGAAGUGAUCUGCAUUAAGCUAAAAAAAUAAAUAAAUAUGUAAAUCUAUUCUUUGUUUUGCUAUAGAAGUAUGCACAUGGAUACUUGUGGACGCAUUUAAAAAACAAAAACAAUUCAUAUGCAUAUGUAUGUGUGUAACGAAAAGCACAGCCAAUGCUUGAACUAAUUACGCAACUGGAAUAACAGUAUAUAAGCAAGUACACUAACAACAUACAACAGCAGAACCAUCCAAAAGCCUCGAUCCAACGUCAAUAGACCAACAACUGCCUGCGCCACAAUUGAAUACUUCAGCUAAUAACCACAACAACAUCAUCAACAACAUCAAUAUUUUCUACAGCGUUGGCCAGAAAGCGCAAUUAAGCGAUGACUUUUUGCGCUUUUAAACCACAGAGCCACGCAACGUCGUCGAAAACCAGCGUCGAAAGCGGAGAAGAAGCAGCAGCAGCAGCGGCAGCCAAACGAAGAAAUCUUCACCAGCAAUGCAUGAGUCAUGCGCCAGCAACAACAAAUUUUACAGUCAACUCUACAACUUCACACACACACACACACACACACUCACACACCAGCAAAUAGUAUCGAGCGUGCAAUGUCAGCAAAUCAGCGUCGUCCAGUGCCGCAAACGGGAGUGCCUGCUGUGUCUGCAAGCUGCAGCGGGCGCGGUUGGGCCGAGGGGCAGCCAAUGCAAGCGCGCACACACAAACACUUCGCCACGCAACGGAUGAAACGCAUCGUUUUGCAGCAACAGCAACAACCAGCGGUGUGUGUUCCCUCAGCUAAUACUGUCUGUGUGCAGCGCUUAUGUAAUUUCGUCAAUAAUCAUAAUAAUUUAAUAAUUUUUAUUAUAUUAUAUAAUUUUUUUUUAUGACUUUAUUACUCAUCUUUUGUUUGUUAUUAAAAUUUCUAAUUUUCUUGUUAAAAAAUUUCUCUCCGCUUUUAAGCUGUCCUCUAAUUAUUUAAGCGCUUGUUUAUUAUUUUUAAAAUUUUCAAAAAAAAAAAAAUUUUGCAUUUUGAGUUAAGUUUUGAGAUAAGAAAAUGUGCACUCUUCAAGUAAUGUUUAUGCAGUAUGUAACAGUAAUGCGUUGCCUAUUAAAUAUGUAAGCAUUUUUGAAGCGUUUGCAUGCACUCGACUACUUGCCACUUGCCGUUGGCCCCCACGAUUCUCUUGAAUUGUCUCUCCACAUUUAAGACUUAUCUCGUGGAAAUUACGAGUAUUAUAGAAAUGAAAUAAUCACUUACUAAUACACACACACACCCAAACCAACACACAUACAUACAAGAAUUAAGUUAUAUGAAAAAAAGUUGAAAAUAAUAAAAGCGAAAGCGAAAGUGAAAAUGUGAGAAGCAGUGAAAAUUUUGUAAACGAAAUGUGAACGCAAAUGCUUUCGGUAUGUUGCAAUAAGAUUGUAUGUACUCCAUGUCAAUGCGUACAUUUAAUUUAAUAAAAUGUUUAUUUGAUUUUCAUUAUUUAUACUA